AUGAAUCUUUGUGACCUGAGGAAUCGUAGUCCUUGUCCAAAAGGAUUGAGUUGCGAAAAACUUCGACAUUGGGCUGGUCGAGGUUACUGCGUUGAUUUAUGUGAUAAAUGUGUUAGAAUAAAACUCAAUGUUGUCUUUCUUUACGAGUUUUCAGACAUUGACGAAUGUAUAAAAGAUCAUAGUCACAAAUGUUCGUAUUCUGCUGGUGAAGAAUGUUUCAAUAUAAAGGGAGGAUACAAGUGCGUUUGUUUGCCAGGAUUGAAGAGAGAAAACGGAAAAUGUGUUGAUCUUGAUGAAUGCAAAACUGGGAGACAUGAUUGUGAUCCCAAUGCAAAAUGUAAGAAUUUACCCAAACGUGGUUAUGAAUGUCAUUGCAAACCUGGUUUCAAGCAAUAUAACAAUGGCAGAGUAUGUCAGGACAUAAAUGAAUGUUCUAACAGUUCGAAAUGCUCGCCCUAUGCCAACUGUACGAAUCUUCCCGGAUCAUACGAAUGUUCAAGAUGUGGUCCAGGUUUCACGGGUGAUGGAAUAAACUGCAAUGAUAUCGAUGAAUGUGAAGAACUACGUCCAUGUUCUAUCAAUGCAAUGUGCAACAACACUUUUGGAUCUUAUCAAUGCACUUGCAAUAAAGGAUUUUAUGGAAAUGGCGCAGUGUGCACAGAUAUCAACGAAUGCUCAAUGCGCACCGACGAAUGUCCAUAUACAUCAAAAUGCAUCAAUACACCUGGUUCCUAUAUGUGUAAAUGUCCUGAGGGUUACAAUAUGGUAGACGACGCUUGUGAAGAUAUCGACGAAUGCGAAACGAGCAUUAAUAAAUGUCACAAAAAUGCUCGUUGCACAAAUUUUAUUGGCUCAUACAAAUGUCGCUGUGAAGAUGGCUUCAAACAUUUGAGCAAUGGCAGAUUCUGUUUAAAAGAUUCCUCCAAUAGAGAGAUCACUUUUAUCAUUUCUGUUGUGUCAGCUUUUAUAUUAUUCGUUAUUUGGAUACUUUGUUGCUUUUGUUUAGUACGGAAAACAAAAACUUCGAGUAAAAAAAGGGUAAAAAAAAGUGAUGACCGAGAACCACUUAUUGAUAAAUCUCAUCGAGCAACACCAGUCUUUAUGUUUCAUUCAAACGACAGCAGGAACACAAAAUCCGUCACUACAUCACUUUUUCGUGUCAAGUAGUUUGGUUUGUGGUAAACCGUUCAUUCAGUUGGUGAUUGUUUUUCUUCAACUUAAGAUCUACGUACAUCUCAAUUCAUCUCUCGAUUUCUUUAUCUGUAGUUCUUUGAUGUUGGAGUAGCUAAUGUUCGUAUCAAUCAUAUCGCCCAGAAUAGAAAUAAUUGAAUGAAGAAAGAUAGCAGACUCCACGAUAAAUGAAUUGAUUAUUGGUGAUCACUUUAUUUUUAGUAAAAUAUGAGUACUAUUUCAAUUAUUGUGCAGCACUAUCAAUUCUUUCUAGAAAAAUAAAUACGUCCUCAAUAGCAAAAA